GCCGCGGCAGCCGAGGCGCGAGCUGCCCGAUAAUGGCGGCCUGCAGAGCUCAUGAGAGGGAGAAGCGGCGGCGGCUGCCCUGAGAAACCUCGACCUUGAAGAUGGUGAGUAGCCAGCCAAAGUACGAUCUAAUACGGGAGGUAGGCCGAGGUAGUUACGGUGUUGUGUAUGAAGCAGUCAUCAGAAAGACCUCUGCGAGAGUAGCCGUGAAGAAAAUUCGAUGCCACGCGCCCGAAAAUGUUGAACUAGCUCUCCGAGAGUUCUGGGCACUGAGCAGUAUCAAGAGCCAGCACCCAAAUGUGAUUCACUUGGAAGAGUGCGUCCUGCAGAAGGAUGGGAUGGUACAAAAGAUGUCCCACGGCUCUAGCUCUUCCCUCUAUUUACAGCUUGUAGAGACUUCAUUAAAAGGAGAAAUUGCCUUUGAUCCCAGAAGCGCCUAUUACCUGUGGUUUGUGAUGGACUUUUGUGACGGCGGAGAUAUGAAUGAGUACCUGUUGUCCAGGAAGCCCAACCGGAAGACGAACACCAGCUUCAUGCUCCAGCUCAGCAGUGCCCUGGCCUUCCUGCACAAAAACCAGAUAAUCCACCGUGACCUGAAGCCCGACAACAUCCUGAUUUCUCAGAGCAGGUUGGAUACCAGUGACUUGGAACCCACACUGAAAGUGGCCGAUUUUGGCCUAAGUAAAGUUUGCUCAGCAUCUGGGCAGAACCCAGAAGAACCUGUCAGUGUAAACAAGUGUUUCCUUUCCACAGCCUGUGGGACGGACUUCUACAUGGCUCCCGAAGUAUGGGAAGGACACUACACAGCAAAAGCUGACAUUUUUGCUCUGGGAAUUAUCAUCUGGGCAAUGCUGGAGAGGAUUACCUUCAUAGACACAGAGACAAAGAAGGAGCUCUUGGGGAGUUACGUAAAGCAGGGGACUGAAAUUGUACCUGUUGGGGAGGCACUUCUGGAAAACCCCAAAAUGGAACUUCUCAUCCCUGUGAAGAAAAAGUCUAUGAAUGGGCGAAUGAAACAACUGAUAAAGGAAAUGCUGGCUGCAAACCCUCAGGAUCGCCCGGAUGCUUUUGAACUAGAACUCAGAUUAGUCCAAAUUGCAUUUAAAGACAGCAGCUGGGAAACGUGACCUUCUGCUUGCAAGCAUCUUAGAUGGUGCUGCUUCAGAGUCCACGCAAGUACAUUACAUGGCCGAAAAGAAGACAGAAGUCAGACUCUACUUUCUAAGGGUUUAGGUUUUAUCAUGGUAGUUUUUUUUUCUCUCAUUUUUCUUAAUCCAUGCAGGCCAUUUUAUUGUAUGUUUUGAAUGUGUAUUACCAAUGUGGCUGUAAAAUUUUUUUUUUAAUGAUCAUUGGUAAAAGGUUGGCAGAAAAAGAUUCUUUUAAGAGCCAAGCAGAGAAGAAAGUCCCAUUUUCUAGAAAUAUCUUUAAGUAUUUUAGACAUUCCUUGUCAGUAUUAGGCAUUUCCAUGGAAGAAGAGGUUUGCGUGCUGGUAACGCAACCUUUGAAGCUUUGUAAAGGAAACAUAUAUGUAUAUAUUUAUGUAUAUGUAAGUAUGUGAAUGUGUGCAUUUUGCAUUCCACGUGAAGAAAAUGCCACGUCUGUUUAAAUUAUUUGAUACAGGUUUGGGUUUUUGAGAUUUGCUGAUGAAAUUGGUGAUAAAAGCCACACAAACUAUCCCUCAUCUUUGCCCUGCUCCUCCUGCUACUGGAAACAUGCUAAGGGUAUAUUUUUGUUGUUGUUUUUUCCCAGUAUACAUCUCUUUAAAGGCAUCAUUUUAGAGGGUCUAAAUGGCUGAUUAAACAUAACUGAAGCUAAGCAGUUCUAAGAUGCUGGAGUACGUUUGAGCUCUCCAGUGCCCCGUAGCAACUCGAGUUGAAUUAGUCAUUGAGUCUCAUGGUAGAAGGUCGGCAAGGAUGCUUACGGCUCACUCGUACCUUUAGGUAACUGAGCGUUUGUUUGGCUAAUUAAACCACAGCACUGGGAUGUGCAGGCACUUGCCAUCUGCUGUAACCUGAGGAUGGUACUCUUCUGUUCUGAAAACACUGCGUUAGACAACUAUAAUACUUGAUGUAUUAAUUUUGAGUUUUAAGACUUUUUCUAAAUCCUAGCAUAAAGUUGAAGAAACCAAAUGAGCUCACGAGUUGCUAGCCCUGGUGUGGCUUCCUGUUGGAUCACUGGAGUCUCUGUCACUUUGACACUGACGCUGUUUUCUCUUGUCUCAUGUGAUGCAGUAAUGGGACUGGUAAUCACUGUCACAAAUACUGGUCGCUCUCUUCCAAAGUGAGAGAUGAUGUAAAUUGGAUAAAAUUCUAUGCCAUCAACUGCUUUUCCAGUAGGUUGUCAUUUUGAUAUGAUCAUCUGGCAUCUGUCAGAAAGCAAGAGACUCAACUCCUGAAGGGAAAUUCUAACUGCCUGGUUGCCUCCAGAUUGUUUAGCUAAUUCAGGAACAUUAAGGAAAGGAUUCUUCCUUAAACCAGAACAUCAGUCUUUAGGAUGAAUUAGAAUCUACCAUUGUAUCAAGGCGAGGCUUUAUAAGGUACUAGCUGCCCACCUCCAGUGCUGGUGUAGAACCUUGGGCCUUAGGUGUGAGGGACGCCGUCUAUCACGGACCCCACGGGAAUUUUCAUAAGCAUUAAGAUGCAAAAGGCAAUCAAUAUACUAUCGGUGUAUUGUCCUUAUCAUCAGUUCUCAUUGUUUCCUCAGUGCCCGAACCCCCACAUCGUCACAGUAGCUCACUGUAGUUCAGAAGAGAGCACUUGCCUGCCAUGUACAAGGCUCUGGAUUCAAUCCUUCUCAAAGUCAACAGAUCAAUAAACGUGUUCAGAAGGUGAUAAAAGAUAAACACACAAAAAAUGGAAUAUAUAAAACUCCUAGACUGAAUCAAUCUUGAAGUAUAAAAACAUGAACUGAAAGGCUUUAGUUUUUUAUCAAAUAAAAAAAGUCACAUACACUUAAUAUCACUUGCAGACUUAACUCAAAAAAUUCAGAAAUAAGAAAUGUACUGGAUCUUCAUGGUAAUUGACCGCUUGGGUCACCAAGUUGACACAGAUCUGACCAGUGGAUGAGUUACAGGAAAUUAGAAAAAGUUUCAUUCUAAUGGGUUACCACUGGCUUGGCCCUUCUCAGAUGGCUAUGUGAUGUGUGCCAACAGUUCUUUGCUCUACAAAUACCUGUGCACUUGAAGCCUCGGUGUCCUGAGCACAUAGCUUCUGAUCCUGCCUCCUUGAAAAUAAUGAAAAUAAUUUGGUUUGCCUUUUUUUUCCGUUGGUGCUGGGAUCCUACCCAGGGCCUCGCAUGUGCUACACAAAGGUGUUAGCACUGAGCUAAAUGUCUAGCCCCAGUUAUAAUUUAUUUUGAAAGAUUUUUAUCUGUGAAAUAGAAUUCUUUCCUUUAUUAGAGGUAAGGGUGUGGAGUGAUCAGGAAAUUUCUUCCAGAGCAUUCUUAAGUCCUUGUAUUCUGACAUAGCUUAUGAUAUCAACAAAAGGACAAUAAUUUGUCUUUGUUCUUUCAGUCAGGGGUAUUUAUUAAGUACCUACUGUGUGCUCAGCACUUUAAUUGAUAUGACAACCAUUUAAGAUUUGCAGUUGUAGGGGCUGGAGAGAGGACUCAACCACUGAGAGCAUUCGAUGCUCUUGCACAGAACCAGAGUUCAGUUCCCAGCACCCACGUUGAGUGGCUCACAACUAUCUUAACUCCAGCUCCCAGAGAUCUAAUAUACUCUUUUGCUUCCAUAUGUGCGUACACACACACACACACACACACACACGUGCACGCACGCACACAUGCACACACAAUUUUAAGAAUAAAGACAAACCAUUUUUUAAAUAUGGCAUCUAGCCAUGCACUUUCUUUAGACAUAUGUAAGAAUAAAAGAUGAAUGAUACUUGGGAAUUUUGGAUAAUUGCUAAAGGAAAAAUGCAAUCAAGAAAUUGUGCACAGUGCCUUGCCCAUAAUAGGUACUCAAUAAACAGUUAUCCCUCAUA